AUGGUCACAUGAUAGAUAAUGGCCAAUUCCUAUUGGACGAGACUAUGGAAAUUAGUUGAAUUCCUAUGAUUUGAUUGGCACAUUCACAUGACUGGCUGAAAAUACGCACUGCCUAUUGGUCAAAUUCGAAUCCCCAAAGGACAAUUGUACAAUACAUUUGUACGAAAUAUAGCAUAAUGAACUAUUUCAUUGUCUUUUUAUUGUUUUAAUUAAAAAUCUCUUUGUAGACUUUAUCAAAUGCGGAAGAAACUACAAGUAAUAAUUUCAUAAUUAAUAAAUCGAUGAAUUUUUACCGACAAUUCGCAAUGUAAAUGUGUUUUUAUGAAAUUUAUUGAGGGUGGGAAAGGGUAUUUUCGUGAGCCGUGAAUAUUUGUUCGUGUGAAAUGCUUGAUUUUAGUGUCGUGAAAUGUGAUUUCUUCUACAGCCGUGAGGCGUGAUUGUUGAUAAAAAUGCUCCGUGAAAUGAGAAUUAAGGAUGCCUGUUUCGUGAACUGUGAUUAUUAUAGUGAUUAUUAUAAUAAACAUGAUACGCGAUAAUCAAAUUUAUAUGAUCUCACUCGAUUGCACAAGAGUAAAAACUUCGGAGGCCUUUCGCGAGGUUCCUGACGCUGAGGACAAGGUUCCUGACGCUGAGGACAAGGUUCCUGACGCUGAGGACAAGGUUCCUGACGCUGAGGACAAGGUUCCUGGCGGUGAGGACAAGGUUCCUGACGGUGAGGACAAGGUUCCUGGCGGUGAGGACAAGGUUCCUGGCGGUGAGGACAAGGUUCCUGACGGUGAGGACAAGGUUCCUGAGCUGAGGACAAGGUUCCUGACGGUGAGGACAAGGUUCCUGGCGGUGAGGACAAGGUUCCUGGCGCUGAGGACAAGGUUCCUGGCGCUGAGGACAAGGUUCCUGGCGCUGAGGACAAGGUUCCUGGCGCUGAGGACAAGGUUCCUGGCGGUCAGGACAAGGUUCCUGACACUGAGGACAAGGUUCCAGGCGGUGAGGACAAGGUUCCUGGCGCUGAGGACAAGGUUCCUGACGGUGAGGACAAGGUUCCUGACGGUGAAGACAAGGUUCCUGGCGGUGAGGACAAGGUUCCUGGCACUGAGGACAAGGUUCCAGGCGGUGAGGACAAGGUUCCUGGAGCUGAGGACAAGGUUCCUGACGGUGAGGACAAGGUUCCUGGCGGCGAGGACAAGGUUCCUGGUGGCGAGGACAAGGUUCCUGGCGAGACGAGGACAAGGUUCCUGGCGGUGAGGACAAGGUUCCUGACACUCAGGACAAGGUUCCUGGCACUCAGGACAAGGUUCCUGGCACUGAGGACAAGGUUCCAGGCGGUGAGGACAAGGUUCCUGGAGCUGAGGACAAGGUUCCUGACGGUGAGGACAAGGUUCCUGGCGGUGAGGACAAGGUUCCUGGCGGCGAGGACAAGGUUCCUGGCGGCGAGGACAAGGUUCCUGACG